AUGAAAGCAAGCCCCAUUUACCUACCAUGUAACUGUAGAAGCGAAACUUUCCGUAUCGUAUCGAAUCACCCCAAAAAGAUCAUCACGAAAUCAAACUGCUCUACCUGUGCCUUCGAAAUACUUCAAAUUCUCCCUCCGCUUGCCCUCUUUCCUGUGACCAUCACGGCUUCUAACUCAAGGGGUGGGAUGGAAUCCCUAAUACCUGUUGUAAACAAAUUACAAGAUGUUUUUGCAACACUUGGACGUCGCGAGGAUCAAAUACAAUUGCCACAGAUUGUAGUCAUAGGAUCACAGAGUGCUGGGAAGAGCUCGGUAUUAGAAAAUAUUGUUGGACGUGAUUUCUUACCGCGUGGUACGGGCAUUGUCACAAGACGUCCGCUGAUUCUUCAUUUGUCCCAUGUACCAGCUGAUGAUGAAAUUCGACGGAGAAAACCAGAUGGUACUCUAAUCACUGAGGACUGGGCCAUGUUUGAACAUACGGGUGGAGCAAUAUACAGCGAUUUUGCUGAAGUGCGAAAGGAGAUUGAGACAGAAACUGAUAGACUUACUGGUCAUAACAAGGGUAUUUCACCCAUCCCAAUAAUACUUAGGAUAUACUCGCAAAAUGUAGUAAACUUAUCGCUGGUUGACUUACCUGGUAUCACGAAGGUGCCCGUUGGGGAUCAACCCGCCAACAUCGAGGAGCAAAUUCGCGAGAUGUUGCUGUCCUACAUUUCCAACCCUUCUUCGAUCAUUUUAGCUGUCACUCCUGCUAAUCAGGAUUUUGCUACUUCUGAGCCAAUCAAAAUUGCACGUGAAGUAGAUCCUGAAGGUCAACGAACGUUAGCGGUGCUAACGAAAUUGGAUCUGAUGGAUCAGGGUACGGAUGCUAUGGAUGUUUUGAUGGGCAAAGUCGUUCCUGUCAAACUGGGCAUCAUUGGUGUGGUUAACCGCUCUCAGCAAGCUAUUAUCGAUAACAAGCCGAUUGCUGAUGCUAUACGAGAUGAGCAAUCUUUUCUUCAUCGAAAAUACCCUACACUCGCAAGCAGGAAUGGUACACCAUAUCUAGCGAAGAAACUGAAUCUGCUUCUCAUGCAUCAUAUUCGCAACUGCCUACCAGCCCUAAAAGCUCGGGUCUCCAUCAUGCACUCUCAGUGUCAGGCCGACCUUCAAGCAUUCGGAGAACCUGUUGAUGACAAGAGCAGGACGUUAUUACAAAUAAUCACACGUUUUGCAACAGCUUACACUUCUACGAUUGAAGGAACAGCUAGAAACAUAGAGACUACGGAAUUAUGCGGCGGUGCCCGAAUAUGCUUCAUAUUCCAUGAGACGUUUGGGAAGUCUCUAGAAUGUGUAAAUCCAUUGGAGAACCUAACCGAAAUGGAUAUCUUGACAGCAAUCAGGAAUGCCACUGGUCCUCGCCCUGCUUUGUUUGUACCAGAAGUCGCCUUUGAACUUCUGGUGAAGCGACAAAUCCAGCGUCUGGAGGAACCAAGUUUACGAUGUGUGGAACUAGUUCACGAGGAAAUGCAGAGAAUGGUAAAACAUUGUGGACUCACUACACAGCAAGAAAUGCAAAGGUUUCCGCGGUUGUAUGAUAAGAUUAAUGAAGUUGUCAGUGGAGUACUGAAAAGUCGACUUCGUCCUACCAAUGAAAUGGUAGCAAAUCAAGUCGCGAUUGAACUUGCGUACAUCAAUACGCGGCAUCCGGAGUUUGUGGGCGAGGCAAACCGAACAUUAUUGAAUGCUGAAGAGGUACUUUCUGAUCGAGGUCGACCGCGGCAGCGAGCAUCUUCGAUAGAAGAAAGGUCGUCGACGGCUAGCAAUGAGCAGGGACCUUAUGUGGUGCGCAUGCGCGAUGGAAAUGACGCUGUGAUCCCGAGCGCUUCUACCACGCGUCUGGAUCGCCGUGAAGUUAAAUCAGUUCACUUCCCGAAUUACAGCUUACUUAAGGAGAUGGUAAACGCGGUACCUCUUCAGUACAGCGGUGAUCUCCAGUCCAAUGGAGUUGCGAAGCCACAGAUGGUGAACGGCGAGACAAAGAAAUCAUCGUCAUGGUGGUUUGGCAAAACAAAUGAGCAGCAGUCCCCUGAAAAAACAUCAAAUCCAACCGUAAUACUUCCGGAAGUGCCGGAAAAACCUCUUGCUCGACAACUAACUCGUAACGAGCAGAAGGAUUGUCUUAUAAUCGAACGACUGAUUCGGAAGUAUUUCAUGAUCGUCAGAAAGAAUGUACAGGAUAGUGUACCGAAAGCAAUAAUGCACUUCUUAGUAAACUACGUUAGGGACAAUCUCCAAUCCGAAUUAGUGCGUCAGCUGUACAAACCAGACUUGCUUGAAGACUUGCUCGCUGAGACGGCAGAUAUGGCUCAACGAAGGAAAGAAACACUCGAAACCAUGAAGGCUCUCAAACAAGCCAGCUUGAUUAUUAGCGAAGUGCGAGAGACUCAACUCUGGUAGCAAUGCAAAGACACAGAUUUUUCUAAGAAAUUUCCGCUACUUUCUUCCUUCCAUAUUUCAGAUAACUGCGGCAUUGAGUUUUGAUGAGUUAUUUACCUUGAUGACAAAUUGAAAGACUAUUGCGUGUAAUACUACACUAUGAUUGAAAUUUCUCCCAUAUGCUUGUUAAUUACGGUGUCCCUAUUUGAUUUCGCACCUCUGUUCGCAACUGCUCAAAAAUUAGUUUCUAUGUCUGUAUCAUCUGCAUUGAUAAAUCCCACUUUUUAGUUAGCUCCGCUAACAUCAAGUUCUACCAACACUAGUCAUGAAUAAGACACUCUUCAUUCUGAAUUUGACAUACAACGAUGAGAUAAUACGAGUAUUAGAUGAGAGGUUUGGUGGACAUUCGCUGCUUCUCAGGUUCCAUUCUACAGCCUCUCAGUAGUUAGAAGACAUUAGGAUAGAGCAGUGUGUUUGUAACAUCGUUAUGUGUCGUGCCCCCUUGUUUGGUGCAUUUUUAUUCAUACAUUUACCUCUAUAAAUAUUUCCU